GUUUCCAGAGCCUUGAUUAUUAAAAUAUUUAAAACAAUCAUCCCUUGUCAAUAAAGUGCCUCUUUUCAUCUCUAUCUCUAUUCUUUCAUCUUUAUCUCUCUCUCUCUCUCUCUCUCUCUCUUAUUUUUAAUAGAGAGAGUUUAAGGAGGAAGGGGUUCUUUUUGUUGUUGUGGCUUUAUUGGCCAGUACGAAACAAAAACUUUCUUUCUUUCUUUCUUUCUUUCUUUCUUUCUUUUUUAUAAUUUCAUUAGGAUGCGGUUUCUGAAGACUUCUAGAAGCAACUCCACGUCACUGUUCUUUAUUUUCCUUCUCCCAUCUUCUUUAAAAGGAGUCCUUACAUGAAUUUGGAAAAGAAAAUAAAGGAAGAAUUAUUAUUAUUAUUAUUAUUAUUAUUAUCAUUUGUUGUUAUUAUUUGUUGGCAAAAACAAUCUGGGUUCCUCUAUUCUUCUUCCUAUUUGUAGUUAUGGUCAUUUUCUUUUCUCCAAUCCAACAUGGGACUUGAUCACAAGCCCCAUCUCGCUAAUCUCCUUCGCUCUUUUUCCGGUUUCUACUGCUGGGAUUGGGAAUUCCUCACCGCUCUUCUUCUCUUCAGUCCACUCAUCUAAUUCUCAUCAUCACCAUCACCAUCACCACCAUCAUCAUCAUCAUCUCUCUUCGUUACUCUAAUACAUACAUAUUAUAUAUAUCGUCUCUUCUUUCCUUUCUUUUUCUAUUAUCUUUCUUAUAAUCCAUGGCACAAAGAUCGCUCCCCGCUCCGUUUCUCACCAAGACCUAUCAGCUGGUGGAUGAUCCUGCCACCGACGACGUCGUUUCAUGGAAUCAAUCUGGCUCUACCUUCAUCGUAUGGAAAACCGCUGAUUUCGCCAGAGAUUUGCUUCCCAAUUACUUCAAACAUAAUAAUUUCUCUAGCUUCGUCCGUCAGCUUAAUACAUACGGUUUUCGCAAGAUCGUACCGGACAAAUGGGAAUUCGCCAACGACAAUUUCCAACGGGGCCACAGAGAGCUCCUCUCCAAAAUCCGCCGCCGGAAGGCCGUCUUGAUAUCGACACCCAUGCAAACUGUUCAUCCCGUUAAAUCCGGCGGCGGUGGCGGCAACCCUUCUCCCUCCAACUCCGGGGAGGACAUCGGAUCCACUUCCACCUCCAAUCCGGGAUCGGUGGAGAUGGGAACCAUCGCACAAUUCGCCGAUCUGACUGAGGAGAACGACAAAUUAAGGAAAGAUAACGAGAUGUUGAACUCGGAGCUUGUUCAGACGAAGAAACAGUGUGACGAGCUGGUAGCUUUCCUGACGGACUACUUGAAGGUAGCGCCGGAUCAGAUCAACCGGAUCAUGAAACAAGAAGCUAACAAUCGCGUUGCCAGUCAAUGUAGCGAGGGAGGCGCUGAUAACGGUAGGAUCGAGGAGGAGGAAGAAGAGGAGGAGGAAGAAGAAGAAGCAGAAGAAGAAGAGGGCGAAACUCUGAAACUGUUUGGGGUUUGGUUGAAAGGGAAAAAGGAAAAGAAGAUGAAAAGGGGACGAGAGGAGAAAAUGGGGUGCAGCAACGGACCACAUGCGAAAGCAAUGAAGUCGGUUGAGAUGCACGCGCCGUUGAUGAGGAGCAACUGAGGACCGAACGCGUGGAAACCAAAUCCCAAUAUUGGGAAUUAUGAAACGACGGCGUUGCAUGGAAGUAAAGUUAAAUAAUAAUAUAACAUAAAAAAAAAAAAAAAUAUUAAGCAGUUUCUAGAGAGUUCAAAGGGACUCUGGGUUGGUGGAAGAGCGAUAGACAUGUGUAGCAGAAGGUUGUUGUUUCAAUUAUUCAACUAUACGAGGAGAUAAGAGAAAGAAAGGAAGGUAAGGUAGAAAAAAAAAUGUAAUAAUAAGAAAGUAAGUUAGAAUUAAAAUUGAAAUUGGGGUAAUGUAAAAAAGGGGUAGCUUCUAGAAUGUGUAGACAGAAAGUUGUACGGUAAGGGUGGACAUCAAAAGUAAAGGGGUGUCCACCUCUUACUCUUUUUAAAAAAAUCUUUUCAAUGUUAUAGACACAUUUUUAUUUUUCA